GGUGAAACCUUGCCUUGUUGUUCCACAGGGACCUUGUGCCUCUGCCUGGCCUCCUCGGAGGAGCCAACCACUGAUGGCCUCACGUCGACGUCCCUGCUGGAGUUUGCCGCGAUGUCCCACCUGGAGGCUGUCGGUUCCCACGAGCAAACCAGCCCAGAGCCCGCGGAGCCUGAUCUCGCCCCUGGCUCUCUGCACGCUGCCCCGGGAUCAGGCUUUGCCAGCGAGGAGAACGAGGAGUCCAGGAUCCUGCAGCCCCCGCAGUACUUCUGGGAGGAUGGAGGAGAGCUCAACGACUCCAGCCUGGAUUUGGGGUCGCCAACAGAUUACAGCUUUCCUGCUGCCUCUCAGAAGACCUUGCUGAAAGGGAAUGGGACGCAGGCGAAGGACAACUGGGAAGCAGCCACCAGCCAGCCGCCGGCAGAGUUCGCUGAGCCUGAUGUGCACACACCUUUCUCCAGCACGCUGGAGGAAGAGGAGGGGCUGCUCCCCAUAGACCCCUCAAGAGGAGGGAUAGGGAGCCUCCAGACCUCGGGGCCAGAGGUGACAUCUUCUGAAUCCGUGAGCCAAGAGGACUCCUUCUCCCUUCUGUUUUCCACAGCCUCCACUGAGCCAGGUGGUGUGACCGAGGCAGCCAUAGGAGGACAAGAAGAGGAUGCUGUUCCUCCAGGCUUAGACCUCGGGAGCAGCAUGGGACCAGGCCUCCUCCCCGUGUCCUCUGUUUUUUCUACUACUGUUGCUGCAAGGUCUCCCAGUGUUUCAGAAGAGCCUUUUGAGGUGACAGCUGGGGACACGUGGGCUGUUGGGGGAACAGAUUCGGAGCUGACUGUGACUACUGCAGGAGCAGAGCUUGCGGAGCCCUCAACGGAGCCUGGUGGGGAAGAGCAUUCAGCCAGAGAGGAGGUCUCGGAGGCCACGGUAGGGUGGGAGGUGCUGGAGCCCACAGUGUUGACCGAAACGGAGCAGACCAUGGAAACGCCUGUGGGGACGCCCUCUCCUGCGGGCACCCAGACUCCUUCAGGGAGCGAGCAGCACCCCACUUCUUCUGCACCUCUGUGGAGCAGGGAUGAGGAGCCUGCACUGGAUCCCCUUUGGAAUGACACCGAGUUGGCCACAGAGACUGUGACAGCGGAGAGGAGCUCAUCACCGCAGGCUGGGGAUGCCCGCAUGGCGCUGCUGCCCACAGAGCUACCCUGGGACUCGGCACAGGUGAUCUGCAAAGACUGGAGCAACCUUGCGGGGAAAAACUACAUCAUCCUGAAUAUGUCGGAUAACAUUGACUGUGAGGAGUUUCGGCUGGAGAGGGGUCCCCAGCUCUUGGCACUGGUGGAGGAUGCCUUCUCCAGGCAGGCGGAUGGACUGCAGGACCGCUGGCUGAUCUCUCUGAGCAAACCCAAUGAGAACGACAAGCACUUGCUAAUGACGCUGGCGGGGGAACAGGGCGUCAUCCCUACAAAGGAUGUGCUCAUGGCGCUGGGAGACGUUAAGAGGAGCUUAGCUGAGAUUGGCAUCCAGAACUACUCAACCACCACAAGCUGCCAGUCACACCCCAACCAGACGCGCAGUGACUACGGGAAGCUCUUUGUGGUACUGGUGAUCAUCGGCUCCAUCUGCGCCAUCAUCAUCGUCUUGGGGCUCAUAUACAACUGCUGGCAGAGGCGCCUGCCCAAGAUGAAGAACAUGUCGCAUGGUGAGGAGCUGCGCUUUGUGGAGAACGGCUGCCACGACAACCCCACCUUGGACGUGGCCAGUGACAGCCAGUCCGAAAUGCAGGAGAAAAAGCCAAGCGUGAACGGCGGAAACCCCAUCAACGGCCCUGACAGCUGGGAUGUCCUGAUCAAUAAGCAGGCGAGCGAGGAUGUGGAUGUGUUUGAGGAAGACACACAUCUUUAG